AAACACAUGUACACACUCUCUCUCUCUCUUUGUUGCGUAUGAAGAAGAGCUGGUAUGUGUGAAAAGUCAGCGACUUUCUUUCUUCAAAACCAUUCUCUUUGUUUUUGAGAAGAACAAUCAGUUUCAACCUUCAAAAAAACUUGUUUGUUUCUUUGUUUGCUUGCUUGUUUAUCUGCUUCCUAGCAAAUAACCAAAACCCAUUUCCCCAGAACAAAGUAUAUAUUUUUGUUUUUGUUUUUUUGUUCUUCAUAGCUUAAUCAAACAACAACAACACACACCCAAAUAACAAACCCAAGAGUUGCAUGCUCUUUACGUCUGUUGGGUACAAAAGAAAAAGAAAUCUCUGACUACCCUUUGAUUCCAAAUGACACUCUUUCUCUCAUACUUGUUCUUGCUUUUGCUUUUGCAUUAAAAGUAUGAGCAUCAGUUUGUUUAUGUCAAGGAUGGACAAUUAUCAAGGUGAUUUAACUGACAUAGUUCGAGCUAGUGGAGGGCCAUAUGGUUGUAUUACAGGCAAUUCUUCACAACCCAUUUCUGAGUGGCAGUUUCCUUCGGAUCCCAUGAUUUUUCCUUCCAUACAAGAGCAGCCUAGAGAUAAUUUUGGCGAUCCAUUCUCUAAUAUGCGAGAUCCGCUUCUCAAUGAGCUCCAUUUAUCAUCCAGUUCUAGCUUCUUUGGCAGCUCCAAUUCUGCUGAUGUUAUUGGUACUGCUACUUCAAGUGUUGAGGAAAGUCACACGAGUGGUUUUACUGGUUUACACGUUGAUGUUGGUGGUGGUGUUGGUGUUGGUGUUGGUUCUAGUAGUAGCUCUACAAGUAUUAAUGUUCUUGACCUUGAUGAGAUGAAAAGGCCUUGUAAUAUAUUUUCAAGGAUGCUUCAGAUCUCUCCUAAUAAUGCAAAGUUGUCUGUGUCCCCAUGUGGUUCACCGGUGAUGGCUGCUAAUUCCCCUAGGGGAAUUAAGGCUCCGGCUAUGCUUCCAAGUGACAUUCUUAGUGUUCCUAAUAGCUCCAAGCCUUGCUUCAUGGACAACACCGCGGUGCAGAUCUCAUCUCCCCGGAAUCCAGGUAUUAAAAGAAGGAAGAGCCAGGCAAAGAAGGUGGUUUGUAUUCCAGCGCCAGCAGCUGCAAAUAGCAGGCCAAGCGGAGAAGUAGUUCCUUCUGAUCUGUGGGCUUGGAGAAAGUACGGUCAGAAACCCAUUAAAGGUUCUCCUUAUCCAAGGGGCUAUUAUAGAUGUAGCAGCUCAAAGGGAUGUUCAGCUAGGAAACAAGUGGAGAGAAGCCGGACUGAUCCAAACAUGUUGGUAAUUACAUACACAUCUGAGCAUAACCAUCCAUGGCCAACUCAGAGAAAUGCUCUUGCUGGCUCAACCAGGUCUCAGCCAUCAAAGACCAAUGUUACUUCAAAGAACUCACAAGGUGCUCAGCUAGCUCAGAAGCCAACUAGUCCAAAGGAAGAACAAAGGGAGAGCAGCAAUGACAACAAUGUGUCUUCUGUUGUUGCUGGAAGCUCAACAACAAGUGCAUCUGUUAAGGAAGAGAUUGAGGAUAUUGAUAAGCAAUUGGAGAUGGACAAUGAUGGAGAAUUCAGUAAUGAUCAAGGGUUUGCUUACAGGCCAGCAAUGAUAGUAGGGUCUAACCAGUCUGAUCAGGAUUUCUUUGCUGAAUUAGGAGAAAUUGAGACUGACCCUUUAGACCUCUUGUUCAAUCAAGGGUUUACAGGAGAUCAUGAACAGAAAGAAAGCAAGGCCAUGGAUCCAUUCAGCCUGUUUGAUUGGCCUUCAGGAGACAACAACAACUCCAACACCACAAACUUAUUUGGAGAAGCUAAGAGGGGGUUAUAACAAGACCUUGAAACAACCAAUUCCCCCACUAAUAUAGUCAUUUAGUAGUUCAUACGGUGCAAUUCUGCAUUUCAGGUCCCGCUAUAAACCUUAAACCUUUGGUUUGAAUACUCAACAAUGCAACAAAUUUUACAAUUUUUUUCACAAUUUGUUGAACUGACGAUUAUGAUCAAUGCAGCACAUUACUUUCAUUGGGAAGACCGCUGAUAUCAUUUUCGUUAUACUUCAAUCAUAACUUUCCCCUUCAGCUAUUGUGAAAAUAAUGUAAAAUUUGUUGUGACAUUCACGUGGAGGGAGAUUCAGAUUUCUACUCUACACCAUCUUUCUUUUCUUGUUAUUUACCGAAACAGUGUCAGGGGUUAGGAAAAAGAGUAAAAGACAGUGCUGGUUCACUGGAAGCAGACCCAUGAGUCCCACAUUCCUUUUGGAAUAUUGGUGGAUGGGACAGAAAGCUGAGGAACAGAAGGUUUCUACAGUUAAAACAAGUACAUCCAUCAGAGACAUGACUGGAAAGCUCAGCGUGGAGAUUGAUACAAAGAUGGGACUCGGCUUUCAUCUUUUUAAGUGGGAAAAAUUAUGCAAUCCUACCCUCUGGUCAUGUGGGUGGGUAGGCGAAAAAUAAAAAAUAAUGCUUUUAUUGCUUGCUUUGAUGGGGAAAAAUAAAUGAAAGAUGACAAAAGAAUAUUAUAGGGAAAAGAAAAAAAAAUUAUUAUGGAAGCUUGACUUUUCUUAUCAGUCUUCUCUAGGGAUGUGCAAAGAGAAAAAAAUAAAAUACAUGCUUUGGGUUCCUCAGCUUUCUGUUUCUUAUAUUAUCCAUCCAACUUGUGCUUCUUUUUUAUUUCUACAUCAAGUGUACUAGUUAUUUAUUUUUUUAAAUUUUUAUAAAGGUGAUUGUUUAUGAGAAAAUCAAAAUUACUAAUCACACUUAUUUUCUAUGUUCA